AUGUAUGGUGAACCUUGCUGUAAAAACUAUCUAUCUAUCUAUCUAUCUAUCUAUCUAUCUAUCUAUCUAUCUAUCUAUUUCUUGCAAACAUUCCAUGGUAAUUUAGAGGUGUAUGUUAGAUGGCGGGAUAUACGGCAUCUAUCUAUCUAUCUAUCUAUCUAUCUAUCUAUCUAUCUAUCUAUCUAUCUAUCUUUAUCUAAAAUACUCCUUGGCAAUUUAGAGGUGUAUGUUAGAUGGCGGGAUAUACGGCAUCUAUCUAUCUAUCUAUCUAUCUAUCUAUCUAUCUAUCUAUCUAUUUUGUUGAUUUCUAUACCGACACUGUUUUUAUCUAUCUAUCUAUCUAUCUAUCUAUCUAUCUAUCUAUCUAUCUAUCUAUCUGAUGGACACUCCGAAAUGCAGAAGGCGGCGUUUAACGGUCAGUCUGCUGCUAAUUAUAAUAUCUAUCUAUCUAUCUAUCUAUCUAUCUAUCUAUCUAUCUAUCUAUCUAUCUAUCUCAGUCUAUCUAUCGAUAUAGUGUUUUAUAUAUAUGGAUUUUCACUGUUGUUGUCCCAAACAUUUUAA